AUGCUCGCGAUACAAAAACCCUCGCGCCAGACGGCCGCCGCCGCCGUGCCGACAUGCACGCCGAACCUCCUGCCCUGCCGCGUCCACCACGACGGCCCUGUCAAUGCUGCGGAGCGGUAUUGGGCGCCUAGCUCCUCUGCGCGUGCACCUGAUGCCACCACCACAACCACCCUCGCUGAUACCGCCCCCGCCGCCGCCGCCCCCACCGAUACCGCCUCCAUCGUCGCCGACACCGCACCAACGGCAUAUUUCCGCGGGCGCAAGCUGCGCGGCAAGAGCGUCGCGGUGCCGGAGGGGUGGCGGGGCGUGGUUGUGCAGCGGGUGGAGCGGACGCAGGGACAGAGCGAUGGCUCGAUGCGGGGAGAGGAAGACGAGGGCGAGGGCGAGGAAGAGGCGGGCGUGAUGGAGGAGGUGGGCCGGUUUGGGGAGGUGGUUGUUUGGGAGCAGGAGGGCAUGGGGGAGGACGAGGACGCGUACGCCAAGGGGUUGGGGGAGUGGGUGGGCUUUGCUGAGGUGGUG